AUGGUGACCACCUGGUGGCUGGUCGGCCUUUCCUUCCCCACGCUGUGGGCCCAGGUGUUGAUCAGCUGUACCUAUAAGAGCCUCUGCCCGAGGGCUCUGCUGUCCGGCAAUGACAUUGUCCUGCACUGUGACCAUCCCAGGGCACUCUGGUACUUCUCUUCCAUUAUGGGGGAGGAACCAUUUUUGCUCAACUCGAUAUUUAAUGUAAAGAAUCUCCCUGGGGGCAGCCUUCAACUUGUCAACCCUCAGCCUUCACAGACUGGCCUGUAUCGCUGCCAGGACAGUAACAAUGCCCUCCUAGUGCAGUAUGAGAUCGAUUUCCAGGACGUCGCCACCCUGCAUCUUACCCACAAAGGCCUGAGCCAAAAGCCCCUGCAGAACGAAACCCUGGACCUGGGCGGCAAGGUGCGCGUCUUUACCCACUGGGAGCCCUGGCAGGACUGUAACCGCUGUGGGGUGCCGGGGGAGCGCAAGCGUCUCGGGUACUGUUAUGUGCAGGAGCCCCAGGAGAAACCGAUGCCCUGCUGGCUCUAUGUGAGAGAGGAGAAGGUGCAGGACAGCCGCCUGCGGCCGGAGCUGCAGGUGGAAGGCUGCCACGUGCCCUGUCACCCCGGCCAGGAGCUCGACCAGCCAUACUUCGCCUUUGACACCUACCAGCUGGGCAAGUUGACCAACGGCAUGUGGCUCACCUGCCCCGUGGCCUCCGUCUACAGGUGA